AUGGCAAUGGCAAAUAACAAAACACUAUGUUACACAUGUAAUGAAGAAAAAAUAACAUUUCAUUGUAAAGGAUGUUCAAAAGAAUUUUGUUUAACGGAUUUAACAGAACACUGUGAAAUAUUAACUAGUGAAUUACAUUCUAUCACUUAUCAAUACAAUGAAUUUCAACAAACAAUUAAUGAACAAAAACAAAAUCCACAUAAUCAUUUAUUAAUAGAACAAAUUGAUCAAUGGGAAAUAGAAUCAAUUGACAAAAUUCAACAAAAAGCAAAAGAGUACAGAGAAAAUGUUACUAAAUCAUUUCAAGCAUGUAUUAAUGAUAUUGAAAUGAAAUUUAAAGACUUCGAUGAACAAAUCAAACAAAUACAAAAAGAAAAUGAAUGUAAUGAAAUUAGUUUAGAUUAUUUAAGAAAUCAAUUGAAAGAAAUGACAGAAGAAUUAAACAAUCCAUCAAAGAUUUUUAUUAAAGAAGACUCACAGUCAUUUAUUAAUGAAAUUUCAAUUAUUUCAUCAAAAAGAAUCUUCAUUGAUGAGAAGAAAAGUAUUUUCAUUGCUGAUGGUCAUAAUCAUCGUAUUGUUGAAUGGAAAUAUAAUGCAAAGCAAGGGCAAAUCAUUGCAGGUGGAAAUGGUGAAGGAAAUCGAAUGAAUCAAUUGAAAUAUCCAACAGAUGUGAUUGUUGAUGAAAAAAAUCAUUCGAUCAUCAUUGCUGAUCAUGGAAACAAGCGGGUGAUUCAAUGGAUGAAUCAAAAUCAACAAAUUCUCAUUCACAACAUUGACUGUUAUGGUUUGGCAAUGGAUAAACAUGGGUUUCUCUAUGUUUCUGAUUGGAAGAAGAAUGAAGUGCGACGAUGGAAAAUGGGUGAAUAUAACAACGAAGGAACUGUAGUGGCAGGUGGAAAUGGAAAAGGAACUCAACUUAAUCAACUGAGUUAUCCAGGUUUUGUCUUUGUUGAUAAAGAACAAUCUGUUUAUGUAUCAGAUUUUCACAAUGAUCGUGUGAUAAAAUGGAGAAAAGAUGCAAAAGAAGGAACAAUUGUGGUUGGAGGAAAUCGUGGCGGAAGCAAUCUCAAUCAAUUAUCUUAUCCUACAGGCGUAAUUGUUGAUGAUUUGGGUCGAAUCUAUGUAGCAGAUUGGGGGAAUCAUCGAGUAAUGCGUUGGUGUGAAGGACAAGAAGAAGGUGAAAUUGUUGUUGGUGGAAAUGGUCAAGGAAAUCAAUUGGAUCGUCCCCGUGGUUUAUCCUUUGAUGGUGAAGGAAAUCUUUAUGUUGCUGAUUGUUGUAAUCAUCGAAUUGAAAAGUUUGAAAUAAUAUUGUAA